AUGACGUCCUCGUCUUCCCGGCUUCCAGCACGCUGCACAGGUGCCUGACGUGUUGCAGAUAACCCGUCAACCCUCAAAUUCCCUCACCGACCCCAUCUCUGACGGCUGUGUGGAACGGGGAUCGCUGUAGGCACAGUCAACGAAUCUGCCAAGGUACGGGCUGCGAGGUGCUGAAGCUGCCCAGGUGUGUGUGGUCACUGUGCUUGCUGCGGCACCCGCAAGCUGGCAUUGGCAACAGCGUACGCGGACACCCGACCAUCCCAACCCCGCAAAAGGGUACCACCAGGCACCGCCACCGACUCGAAACUUGGAAACCCAGUCGGGAGUUGGUAGCACCGGGGAGCCCAUAAACCGUCGUCGACCCCGCGCUCGCCCACCAUGGUUCGCAUCAUUCCCAAUCGCCUGAAGUCGGGCUUCUCCAACACCGCCAACACCAAUUCCACCUCCAAUAGCCGCAGCGAGAGCCCAAUGGGGAGCAAGGGAGAUUUGGCGAUUCCAGACGGCCGCAAGGACACCGGCCUCGUUGUGAACGUUGCCAUUCUGCGGGCCAGGGACCUCGCCGCCAAGGAUAGGGGAGGCACGUCUGACCCGUACCUCGUCUUGACUCUUGGCGAAGCGAAGCACAUCACCCACACCGAGUCCAAGACGCUCAACCCCGAGUGGAACGAACAAUGCGAGCUUCCCGUCAGCGGCAUUCAAAGUCUUUUGCUGGACGUGUGUUGCUGGGACAAGGACCGCUUUGGCAAGGACUAUCUGGGCGAGUUUGACCUUGCCCUCGAGGAGAUCUUCGCCGACGAAAAGACAGAGCAGCCGCCCAAAUGGUACCCCCUGAAGAGCAAACGACCCGGCAAGAAGACGAGCAUCGUUUCGGGAGAGGUCAUGCUGCAGUUCACUCUGUUCGAUUCCACGAACCUGCAAGCCACAAAGGAACAAGUUUUUGAGAAGUUCAGCGCUCUUGUCAGAUCGGCAACCGGCGCCGAUACGUCGCAGGAUCCUACCCCGUCCCGGAACCCCGUGCUAGGCCCUAUCGGCAAGGGAAAAACUCCUUUACCUUCUCCGCCCAUCGAUGACAGGCGGGCGGACGACAAUGACGAGGAGGACGAGUACGAUGUCGACGAGGAUGAAACACCAGAGGACGAAGAUCUGACCAAACCCGAAGCGGCUGAAAAGAGGCGGAGAAAGUUGCGCAUCAGGGGUUUGAAGCGCAAAAAGAGCGAAAACCCAUACGAGUUCAUCAACGGCGGUAGCGACGUAGUUGGCAUUAUAUUCCUCGAGAUCUGCAACAUCACCGACCUUCCGCCCGAGUCCAACCUAACCAAGACCAGCUUCGACAUGGACCCCUUUGUGGUUGCCUCGUUGGGAAAAAAGACGUACAGAACCAAGACGAUUCGCCACAACCUGAACCCUGUCUUCAACGAGAAGAUGAUCUUUCAAGUGCUUGGUCAUGAGACCACCUACAGCUUCUCGUUUACUGUCAUCGACUUCGACAAGUACUCUGGCAACGACUUCAUUGCCUCGGUGAACUUUCCUAUCAAGGAGCUCAUCGAAAAGGCCCCCCAAGCGGAUCCCGAGACAGGCCUGUACAACCUGAAGGAGGUGCCCGACUUCUCGACGCCGGUACAGCGGCCCCGCUUCAUGCGACUGGGACUGUCGCGCACCUCGUCGUCUCAGAGCCUCAGCAAGGCCAGUAGACCACAGCUCUCCAAGAGCUCAUCCAGCGCGACAAUUCCUUCGGCUGCUACCACGCCAGCCGUGACUCCCGGUCCUUCUCAGAUCCAGGCGGAUGGUAUCCCGGAAGACGCCCAGCCCGCGGUUCCUAGCACCGCAUUCCUGCAACCGGGGGACAAUGCUGUUGCAGCUGCCGCGUCGACUCUAGGGGAGUCCGACAGCAGCGAGGAUUCCGACUUCAUCGCCUACACGCUCCCGCUCAAGAUGAAAAACCUGGAGAAGUGGGAGGCCAAGCAUAAUCCUCGCUUGUCCAUCCGUGCCAAGUACAUGCCGUACCCCGCGCUUCGACAGCAGUUCUGGAGGGCCAUGUUAAAGCAGUACGAUACGGACGAGAGUGGCCAUAUCAGCAAGGUUGAGUUGACGACUAUGCUUGACACCCUGGGUUCGACGCUGCGCGAGUCGACCAUUGACAGUUUCUUCCAACGCUUCCCUCAUAAGGCGAGUGAUGGCGACGACGUCGAGGACCUGACGAUGGACGAGGCCGUCAUCUGCCUGGAGGACCAGCUUCAAGCCAAAUCGCGCCCUCAGGGCGGGGCGGAGCGCGUCAAGAACAUGCUUCCAGAUGCUGAUCAAGUCAAGGAUCAAGUCAAGAAUUUCCUUGUUCCCGGGAGGGAGGCCGCUUCGAGGACCGAGACGCCGGCGGAAACCGUCGAGGCGCCUGCCGAGUCGCAGACAAGUGAAUCUUCCACCAUUUCUGUUCCUGAAUUGAGCACACCGGGCGAAGAAGGCGAUUUUCUGGUCAAGGACGAUCUGAACAGCAGCGCGGCCGAGGAACACGUUGUUAUGAUUCGAGAGUGCCCUAUCUGCCACCAGCCGCGCUUGAACAAGCGCAAGGAUACAGACAUCAUCACGCACAUUGCCACUUGCGCGAGCCAGGACUGGCGCCAGGUCAACAACUUGAUGAUGGGCGGCUUUGUCACGUCCAGCCAGGCACAGCGGAAGUGGUACUCCAAGAUCAUCACCAAGAUUUCGUAUGGAGGCUACAAGCUGGGCGCCAAUUCGGCCAACAUCCUUGUGCAGGACCGCAUCACCGGUCAAAUCAACGAGGAGAAGAUGAGCGUUUACGUGAGGCUGGGCAUCCGACUGUUGUACAAGGGCCUGAAGGCGAACAAUAUGGAGAAGAAGAGGAUCCGCAAACUCCUCAAGAGCCUCAGCAUUAAACAAGGUAAGAAAUACGACGAUCCAGCCUCCAAGGCCGAGAUCCCCAAAUUCAUUGCGUUCCACGGCCUGGACCUCUCCGAGGUUCUCCUUCCACUUGACGAGUUCAAGAAUUUCAACGAGUUCUUCUACCGCGCCCUCAAGCCCGGGGCUCGGCCGUGCUCGGCGCCCAAAAACCCGCGCAUCAUCGUGUCGCCCGCCGACUGCCGCGCCGUUGUCUUCAACCGCAUCGAGACAGCCACCAAGGUUUGGAUUAAGGGCCGCGAGUUCAGCGUCAAGCGCCUCCUGGGCGACGCCUACCCCGAGGACGUGGCGCGCUACGAGAACGGCGGCGCGUUGGGCAUCUUCCGGCUCGCGCCGCAGGACUACCACCGCUUCCACAUUCCCGUCGACGGCGUCAUGCGCCAGCCCCGGACCAUUGCCGGCGAGUACUACACGGUCAAUCCCAUGGCCAUCCGCUCCGCGCUCGAUGUCUAUGGGGAGAAUGUGCGCGUGCUGGUGCCCAUCGAUUCGCCCGAGUUUGGACGCGUCAUGGUGAUUUGUGUGGGCGCCAUGAUGGUCGGUAGUACCGUGAUUACGCGCAGCGAGGGUGAGGAGGUGAAAAGGGCGGAGGAGCUGGGGUACUUCAAGUUCGGCGGCAGCACGCUUGUACUGCUGUUUGAGAGCGGCAGGAUGGUGUUUGAUGACGAUUUGGUGGAUAACUCGAAUACCGCGCUCGAGACGCUGGUCCGCGUUGGCAUGUCGGUAGGCCACGACCCUGGCGAGCCGCAGUGGACGCCCGACAUGCGCAAGGACGAGACCCAGAUCACCGAAGCCGACAAGGCUGAGGCUAAGCGCCGCAUCCAAGGCCAGGUCGCCGAAGAGUCGCCUGACGAUAGCGGCAGCGGGCCGGAUGGUGAGGAGGUGUCGUCGUUGCGGGUGCCGCCUGUCAUGGCGUCGAUGGCUGGGUGAAGUUGGAGCAGAGUGGCGCGGUUGGGUUCUUGGAGUGCUGAUCUUUUUUCUUUGUUCUACUUGAGCGGAGACGUCUUCCAUUUGCAGGGUUUUGAGACUUGUACAGUAGAUAGACUGAGUGAAGGCAUUGCGCUGACUUUGAAGUCAGCAAACAAGCGGGGCGGGCUUGAGUUGAUUUGUGCGAUUUUCUUUUUUUUUGUUUAUUUCAUUUUUUUGGGGGG